AUGGCCCUUUUUGUUGGAUCACUCAACUUCAGGCCCGCCACCAGAGUCAAAGCAGCCACUUGUUCCUACAUCAGCCUUCCGGAUGUAGACGAUGUAUUCGUGACUGAGGAUGCGUGCUGUAUGGACUGGAGAACAAAAAAUGCUGUAGGAACAGACAGUCUUACUUCUGCACCACACAGCGACGAAGAGCACAUCCCCGACUUGUCUAGUCUGAACCUCGAAAGCCCGCGCGGAGGCCCGCAUCUCACUCCGAAGUCGACAUCGUUGGAGCUCAAGAGCGAGCUCACAUUUGGCAAUCGAGCAUUGAUUCAAGAAUAUUCUGGAGAGACGGGUACUCAACCUGUGGCCCAAGCCCAAAGUGUAGCCUCACGGAAUGCUCGCCUUGGUGCUCUUCCGGACGAGGACGACCAAAAGUGGAGCGCGUUGCUCGAACCCAUUGACAUGUGGCUUGCGCCUCUCAAAAUGUGGUUUUAG